AUGGACCACGGAAACUAUGGCCAUUCAAGACCAAAAGAGAAGCAAACCAACUCUAACUACGAUGUACCAGAAGCAGUUGAAGUUCUUGGAAGAUAUGACGCAGAGUUUGCGAAAAUCCUUACUAAAGAUGCUUUGAAAUUUGUUGCUGAUCUACAACGUGAGUUCAGAAGCCAUAUAAAAUAUGCACUAGAGUGCAGAAAAGAAGCAAAGAGAAGAUACAAUGAAGGAGCUCUACCAGGUUUUGAUCCAGCAACUAGAUGCAUAAGAGAAGGAGAAUGGAUAUGUGCACCUGUUCCGUCAGCUGUUUCUGAUAGGAAAGUUGAGAUCACUGGUCCUGUUGAGAGAAAAAUGAUCAUCAAUGCUCUUAACUCUGGAGCUAAAGUCUUUAUGGCUGAUUUUGAGGAUGCACUGUCUCCAAACUGGGAGAAUCUUAUGAGAGGUCAAGUGAACUUGAAGGAUGCUGUAGUUGGGACCAUAACCUUUCAAGACAAAGGUAGAAACAAAGUUUACAAGCUGAAUGAUGAGAUAGCAAAGCUUUUUGUGCGACCGAGAGGAUGGCACUUACCUGAAGCUCAUAUUCUGAUUGAUGGUGAGCCUGCAACUGGUUGUCUUGUUGAUUUUGGUCUAUACUUCUACCAUAAUCAUUCAACUUUCCGGCGUACUCAAGGUGGUGGUUUCGGCCCUUUCUUUUACCUUCCCAAAAUGGAGCAUUCAAGGGAAGCUAAGAUAUGGAACAAAGUGUUUGAAAAGGCGGAGAAUGUCGUAGGAAUUGAGAGAGGAAGCAUCAGAGCAACUGUUCUGAUUGAAACACUUCCUGCAGUGUUUCAAAUGGAUGAAAUUCUGUAUGAGCUCAGAGAUCAUUCUGUUGGUCUGAACUGUGGGCGUUGGGAUUACAUUUUCAGUUAUGUUAAGAUCUUCAAUGGUCAUCCAGAUCGGUUGCUACCCGAUCGGGUCCAAGUUGGUAUGACUCAACACUUCAUGAAGAGCUACUCAGAUCUUCUUAUCAGGACAUGUCAUAGGCGCGGCGUACACGCCAUGGGAGGAAUGGCUGCGCAAAUUCCCAUUAAAGACGAUCCAGCCGCGAAUGAGGCAGCACUAGAAUUGGUAACAAAAGACAAACUUAGGGAAGUGAAGGCAGGCCAUGAUGGAACAUGGGCAGCACACCCUGGUCUAGUUCCAUCGUGUAUGGAGAUUUUUACCAAAAACAUGGGAAACUCUCCUAAUCAGAUAGCAACAAUGAAACGCGACGACGCUGCAAAAUUAACCGAAGAAGACCUCUUGCAGAUACCUAGAGGAGUCCGAACAAUGGAAGGUCUACGGUUGAAUACAAGGGUUGGAAUUCAGUAUGUGGCAGCAUGGCUAACCGGAUCAGGCUCCGUGCCUCUUCACAAUCUCAUGGAAGAUGCCGCGACUGCUGAGAUUAGUAGGGUUCAGAAUUGGCAGUGGCUUAAGUAUGGAGUCGAACUUGAUGGCGAUGGACUUGGAGUGAAAGUGAGCAAAGAACUUUUUGGUAGAGUUGUUGAAGAAGAGAUGGUUAGGAUUGAAAAUGAGGUUGGAAAAGAUAAGUUCAAGAAAGGAAAGUAUAAGGAGGCUUGCAAGAUCUUCACUAGGCAAUGCACUUCACCAACACUUGAUGAUUUUCUCACUCUUGAUGCCUAUAAUUAUAUUGUCAUAGUUCACCCUGUGGAAGUUUCAAAGCUUUGA